CUGCAAUCAAGGACUCAUCACCAUUCAUUGGGAUUUUCCUCCUCGCUAUCUCCUUUUGGCUCAAUUUUAAAUCAGGGAGCAGGCCUCGCAAACUGACAGCUAACGAACACGCCGAUUUCUAUGAGUCUUUUUUUUUUUUUAAUCCUUCCGCUUUACAAGACAUUACUCUGUGUUCCACCUUUGACGACAAGCCUCCUCUAGAAUUCCCGAGUGGGGGUUGGUGUGCCGAGUACAGUUUCUGUCCUACCCACCUCUCGAAGCGGCCAACCCACCCCAGACAUAUCGCAGGUCCUAAUGGAAGUAUGUGCUGGACAACCCUUUCUUGGGUUUCCCUCACCCGACCGAUGGCUUGUGGCUUUCUGCCUGACCGCCUGCAUGCCUGCCGCCAGGUAUCCCGACCCUGCCAGCAUAGGUGCCUCCUCGGCCGUCGUGGCCACUGGUGUCUGUGAUGUCUGGAGGAAACUGCGCAAGCCCGCACAGACUAUCAAUCAGCAGAGCUUGGCAAAGAUCGGUACCUCGGGGAGACCUUUCCAUCCCCUGUAUUUCAGGUACAGUAGCGCAGGUAGCGCGAGUACUUCAGGUGUAUCAGAUCCUGGGUCUCCACUCUGGAUCCCAUUCCUGGCCGCGGGAUGUGUCGCCCACCGAAAACACUUCAACAACAGGGCCAGUUCAGAUGGAAACCGACCGCCAAGCCUGGAGUUGGAAGUGCCAUGUAUCUCUCUAUGUCCGUGACUGUUCGCCAUUUAUAUGCUCAUCUGGUGGUCGUCACCGUCGUAUCCCGGCCAGGCGAGGCACAGUCGGCCGACGGCGCAUGCCCAAAAGUCAAGGGACGUUGCGCGCGGCCGCCCUGUGUGGUACGCACUGAAAUGUAGAUGCGCCGCAAAAAGGUUGCAUCCGUCUUGGGGUGGGUGGGUGCAUGCGGCAGUUGGCAAAUGGACGGACGAGAUGGGUGACGGACGUGGGAGGUGAGGCAGGAAGAAGAACGAUGGGUGCGCGCGUUGGGCAGGUGCGCCCGAUAGGCGUCGCAAUUUACGCCAGGCCCGCCUGGGACAUUCUGGUACCUUAUUUCCUCGCGCCGUUCCUCUCCGUCCAUGUCUCAUGUCCCACCUAACGCUAG